ACACACUCUUACUCCCUCGAACACAUGUGCUUGCACUCUCUCCCUCUCCUCUGUGUCUCCUCAUCGGAUCAGCAGAGCACAGGAGGUGAUUUCAGCCACUUGAUUUAUUAGUCAUCGCUGGUUGUUGGAACAAGCUAAUUAAAAGGAGCGUGAGCGUGUGUGUGUGUGUGUUUGUGUGUGUGUGUGUGUGUAUUUGUGUGUAAGAUUUGGAGACUGACGCUGCUGCUGCUGCUUCUUCUGCUGCUUCUUCUGCUGCUGCUGCCGUCCCCUUCAUCAGCUCUCUCACGCUUUGCUGUGGAGCAGACGAGAAGAGAGGAGAGAGAAGAGGAAGAAGAGGAGAAGGAGGAGAAAGAGAGAAGGGACAGACACCUGGGUGGAAGGACAUUUUCACACCACUUCCCCUCAUCAUCUCUUCUGACAUGGCCACCGCUUAGGAAUCUGGUGCCGUGGCAACCGUCAGAUCCAAGGAUAAGGAGGCAGAAAGUUGGGCCUGUUCAGGGGGAUGUUCAAAGAAACAAAGAGAGGGAUGGCCAUGGAGGAGAAGCCGGGCGUGAAGAGCAGCAGCUCCAUCGUUCCCUGCUUCCUGUUUGUGGAGCUGGUGAUCAUGGCUGGGACGGUGCUGCUGGCUUACUACUUUGAGUACACGGACACCUUCCCCGUGCACAUCCAGGGCUUCUUCUGUUACGACAAGACCUUCUCUAAGCCCUACCCUGGUCCGGACGAUACCAGCAAGAUCCCUCCGGUGCUCAUCUACUCGCUCGUCACAGCCAUCCCUACCCUCACGAUUCUUGUUGGAGAGCUAUGCGCCUUCUUCACCAAGGCAGAGGGAACCCAGGAGAAGACCAUUGUGACUGCAGACUGCUGCUACUUCAACCCCUUACUGAGACGCAUAAUACGCUUCUUGGGUGUUUAUGCCUUUGGUCUGUUCACCACGACCAUUUUCGCCAAUGCCGGCCAGGUGGUGACAGGAAACCAGACGCCUCACUUCCUGUCUGCCUGCCGACCAAACUACACAGCAUUAGGCUGCCAGUCCACGAUGCAGUACAUCACAGAGCGCCGGGCCUGCACAGGCAACCCGCUGAUUGUCAUGUCUGCACGUAAAUCCUUCCCAUCUAAGGAUGCAGCGCUCAGCGUCUACUCAGCAGUGUACACAGUGAUGUACGUGACACUGGUGUUCAAAACCAAAGGCACGCGGCUCACCAAGCCCACUAUCAGCCUCACGCUGCUUUGUCUCGCCAUGCUAGUCGGUGUGGUCAGAGUGGCUGAGUACCGCAACCACUGGGCUGAUGUCCUGGCGGGAUUCUUCACUGGGGGAGCCAUCGCUGUGUUUUUGGUGACUUGUGUGAUUAACAACUUCCAGCAGCUGCAGCCCGGUCUUCCUCCACCGCGACCCCAACGUCCCGAGUCAAUGCUGGGCAUGCCGAUGGUGACACUGCCCUCAGUGGAGAGUCCACUCGAAAAGUUAAGUGGCCCUCAGCAUCUUGCACUCUCCUCCUCCUCCCCACCUUACAACACCUACGUCCAACCAUUCUAACCAGCUUUGAAUAUUUUUUACCCAACGUUGUCACCCCCCCAACACUAUCUCCGCCAUCUGUUACCUUAUUUCUGUUUUUUGCUCUGUUGAACAUCUGUUCUGUCCUCUCUUCCUCCCCUCAUCCCUGUACAUUGCUCUUGAUUAUUCUUUUCUUCACUUUUCUCUCUCUUCCUCCGCCUCCUCUCUGCCCCGUCCUCCUCUCUCUUUCUCACUCCUCUCUUUCCCCUGCAGACUCCGCGGGGAUCUCCGUUCACCGAGAUCACAUGACCAUCAGCCCUAUCGGUUCCCCGCCACCCCCGAUGUCCUCAUACCGUCUCGCUCCAUUUCCAGCGAAGUCUAGACCAGUCGGAGCAGCACUCGCCGCAAUGCGCCGCCCAUCCGGCUGGGCGGUACGCAACGUUGCACCGCUCCUAUUCCACGCAGGUCUAGACCCCCCCCACCCCUCCUAAUACAUGAUACACAGCACACACAUCCCCCGUUGCCCUUUUAACCCCCGGGGAACCGAUAGGCAAACUCUUCAAAGACUUUCUCUUUGCUGGAAUACCAGUAAAGUAAAGCUCUGAACAAUAAGUACAGAGUCAGGUACAUCUUUUUUUUCUUUCCUUUUUUUUUCAUGUUGAAAAAUGUAACUAAUUUUUUUAUAUGUAUAUAAACUCAAUCACACGAAGCUCACUUUCAUCAGCGGUGGUUUGCUCUGUUACGAAAACGAAAUCAAAUGUGACCACUGAGAAUGUCCGCCGCUUCUUUUUCUCCAACCGUACGAGCGCACACCUGUUUGAGAAAAGAACCCGAAAGGUGACGGUGAGCUCUCAGGACGCGGCUUUGACGUGCGCCGUGUUGGACCAAAGAAACCCACCUGAGGAAAUGUGCGCUGCUGAGAUUUACCCGUACAAAACAUCAUUUUAGCAAGCCAUAUGAACACACAAGCAAACACACUUGCUCUCCUUAUAUCAUCCCAUGCACCCGCACACAGACACACGCAUAAGCACCCACCACAGUCGAGUAGCAGUGCCCUAGUCAGCUCCGCAUGAGGUUUCCCGGGAUCAAAGGAUCCGUUUCUUAUCCUUCGGCAGAAGCACCAGACAAAAGCAAACAGGAUGAAGGUACAGACAUCUUCACUUGGCUAUCAACUUUGUGUUUUCCUUCGCUCUCAGAUGGUUGCAAUUUUGCCAAAACCUAAUGUGAAACAGAAACACACAUUGGAUGAGACAAAUCCAAGCUCCCGAAUGCAGGUGGCACAACAGUGAGCCAAAUUAAGUGCAUCACAUUCAGGAGCAAAUAUUUGUUUUUUGCUUGCUUUUUUUGUAUUCUUUUGCGAAAAGGAGCCUUCAUACAGGACACUUCUCUGUGAUGCCAACAGACUUUUUUUAAAAAAUGUCUCUUUCAUUUAACUGUGGAACAGCAUCACUCAUCCUGAAAUGGCGUCUCCUUUGCUGCGGACUGGCUGCGUCGUGUAAUUACUGUGAUUUAUUUCUGAGAUUUUAUCGAUAUAUUGAUUUACUGACGUUUGUGUAUAUACGGCGUGGUUGCCAUAAGCGCUCUGUGUGGCGUGACAGUUUUGCUGAUUUUGAUUUGCACACUCCCUCACAAUCCACUUUUGUCUUUUGUUCUCUUCAUUUGCUUUUGUUCGUUUUUCCUUUCUUUACAAAUACAUAUAUUUUUUUUACAUUCUCCAAUUAUCUCUCUUCUCUGUGGUGUCUGUAUCUAGGCUAAUAUGCCAUCACUGUGCUGUGAAAUGUUUCCCUCUGCUGGACAAACACACACACACACACACACAGACACACACACACACACAGACACACACACACACAAAGCACAGAAGACCUCGUUUUACAGAGCACAUGUAAAUAAACUCUAACAUAUUUGAAAGCACACACAUGCACAAGCACACUUAUACCCCCUACUUGUUACUGUACUUUCCUUCUCCUCUUCCCCACUUUCUACCACCAAACCUGUAAGAUAUUGUACAUAGCUCUUUUUUCUAUUGAGAGUGUGAUUUUUACACGAGCAUCACCAACACUCUGUGUGGCGAUUGAAGGAAAAUCUUGUUUUUCUUACAAUGAUGGAGAAUUCGUGCAGACGUGCUGAACCACUCUGACCCAUCGGUUGGAAAGUACUCAGAUGACUCAUGUUUUGUUUCAAUUUGCUGCGUCUGCCUGUUGGACUGAAUAAAGCUGGAUUGGAAAAGUCAUUUUACUCUGACAUCAGACACUAUGUGAUCCUGACUUUCCGAGUUUUAUGAGGCCAUUUUCACUUUCUUUUUUUCAUGCUUUGAUCAUCCACCCAUCCAUCCAUCCAUCCAUCCAUUCAUCCAUCCAUCCAUCCAUCCAUCUUCUUAACCACUUGUCCAAAUCAAAGUUUGGGGGCUGGAGCCUAUCCCAGUUGUGAUAGGGCAAGAGUGAGGUUACAUCCUGGACAGGUCAACAGUUUAUAGUGGGGCCAUAAAAUUAAAGCAUAGAUAUGUAAACACCUUAAGAGAUCUUUUUUUUUCCUUUUUUAAGGCAUUAGGUGAAGCUGUGAAUACACCAUUCCCAUAUUAUUGCAUUGUAGUUAGCACUAAUACUUUAUCUAACAGCUUUCACAUCCAACUUAACAGAAUAAGAGCUUUAAUUUGACGAAUGGUGUAAUAUUAAUGAUGAAUGGGCAUAUUUUCUAUUUAGUUGUUCUACUAUGCUCUACUAUGAUCACCAGCCAGCUGCUAACUUUGUCUGUCUGCUGUCUACUUGGACCAGUUUUACAGUUACCAGAGGUUUCCCCACUGAAGGGAGCUUCCUGCUCUUAAGUCUUAAUCAUCUAGCAUAAAGUGAGGCUCAUUCAUGAUACCAGCAGAUCAGCUAAUCCUCAUGCUAUUCCACAUUAGCUGAUCCGACUUAUGCUAUUUGAGUUGGUGUAGCCUGUCUGCAGUUAAUGCACUUCUGCAAGCUGCUUUGCAACCCACCUUGAUCACUACCCCUUCUCGAAUGCUAUAUCUGACUUCAUCAAUGUCAUGACUAUUGUGUAAUAAAGCAGCAAGGUCCCAGAAAAGAGUAAUUGUUGCAGAUGGAAAUAAGAAUCUUCAUCUGACUAUAGCAAUGUUUUGAAGUAAUGUAAAGCUGCAGGUCACAAAACCAGAAUAAAAACCUAUAACAUGCUUAAAAGGCUUCAUAUCGCUGAGAAGCAGAGCUGGGUGAUAAUUCUCCAGGCAUGUAUCGCUUUUGGUUCCCCAUUCAUGUGGAUGUGAGUUAAAGAUGGCCCUAUUUUUUGAUGAUAGCCUUGUGUUGUAAAUAUGUGCCUCUCUGGUUAAUCAUUAGCAUUAUAAUUUUAGUGCUAAUACGUCAUCAGACCGCGUGACAACAGCUAAAUCCUCCAUCAGCCUACAUAUCUUUUAGUUUUUUGUUAACAUUCCUUACAAACGCUCCACUCACACUCUAUGUGGCUGUCAUAGUUAUCAUUUUGGAAAUUAAAACAAAAAGAACAUAACUUCUCUUCAUGUUAUUUUUUUAAAUUGUGCUCAGCUAAAUAAAAAUGACCAUCUUUUGAAGAUCAAGAUCUAGCACCCAGUAGGUUUUAUUUUUCAUUAUAGCUUCUACUUAACCAAAAGCAUGUGUUUGACCAUUGAGAAUAUGUGCUAAACUACCCUUAUAUGGAUGCUAAGCUUCAUUAUCAUCAGCAUCUUGUACUUGUGAGAGGUUUGAUUUCACUGAAAAAAUAAAUAAAUAAUCAAAACUGUGACAUUUUGAUGGCUCAGAGAGCCAGGGCUACUUAUACCACAUACUGUACCUGCAACUUUGUGAAGCUGAGUCAGACAUGUGACCUUUGCUGCAUGAUGGCCCUUUGUUUCAUGUGUUUCCUCAUUUCUUUCCAGUCUUCAAUGUCCCAGUGAAGCAGAAAUGCCUUAAGAUAAUCUUGAUGAGGAAAUGUAACGAAAGUGUUUUCUAAGCAGUGACUGGCUGUAAUUUCAUUUGCAAGUGCGAGUUUGUCAUUUGUCCAAAUUCUCUGUGAAUCCUCUGUGAACCCAAAUGCACAAAUGAGGCACAAACAAACAUGAAAGGUAAACACGCCCGCCACGAAGACUCGGAUUCUACACCGGCUCGACUGUCGUCGCCGCAGCUUUACUUGCCUGUAAAGUCUUCGGUAACACAUGUUUAAAAAUCAAACAGCAAACACGCUGCAGUUGACUGACAUGUGAAUAAAAAGCACCAGUCUCCUUCAGAUCUGCUACUGAGAGGCAGGACCGUGUUUCCUUUGAUCCUGAUGCAGCAAACCUUCUGUUUUUGUAAAGAUUUGUGUGAUGAGAACAAUAAAUGGAUAUUGAAAUAA